AUGCCCGACUUCCUGAAGGAAUUCUUCCCAGUUGUCUAUCAGAAAACUCAACAGCCAGGGCUUGACAGCAAUUACUGCAAAUACGAUAACCAAGGCCUGCAAUUGUACAUCUUCUCUCUACCUCGCUGCUUUAACCUCAACCUUCGCUGCAUCUUACACAACCAGAACGCUAGGCCGAAAGCUAACCAUGUUCAUUGCUGGGAUUUUCUUUAUAGUGGGAACAGUUUUCAAUGCUGCAGCUCAGAACCUUCUCAUGCUUAUUAUUGGCAGGAUCUUGCUGGCAUGUUUGAGAGCCGGUUUGGGAGUGUUUCUGUAGCAAGCUGUGCCACUGUUCCUUUCGGAGAUUGCACCAACAAGAAUCCGUGGGGCACUAACGUUCUCUUCCAGCUCAAUGUCACCAUCGGCAUUCUUUUUGCAAACCUUACCAAUUAUGGCACUUCCAAAAUUGCAGGGGGAUGGGGAUGGAGGCUAUCAUUGGAUUUAGCUGGCGUUCCUGCAGCUAUGCUAACCUUGGGGUCUCUGGUUGUAGUAGACACUCCUAAUAGUUUGAUUUCUCGUGGUAAGCUGGAAGAAGGCAAAGCAGCUCUUAAAAAGAUUAGGGGAGUUGACAAUGUUGAACCAGAAUUCUUAGAGAUUGUUGAUGCAAGUCGUGUGGCUAAAGAAGUAAAGCAUCCCUUCAGAAAUCUCCUUCGGAGGAAGAACAGGCCUCAAUUGGACAUUGCCAUUUUGAUGCAGGUGUUCCAGAAAUUUACUGGCAUUAACGCAAUCAUGUUCUACGCUCCGGUUUUGUUCCAAACCUUGGGAUUUGAGAGUGAUGCUUCCUUGUACUCAGCUGUUAUAACAGGAGCUGUCAAUGUCCUCUCCACUCUUGUCUCAAUUUACUUUGUUGACAGAGCUGGUCGCCGUGCACUCUUGUUAGAAGCUGGCAUCCAAAUGUUCUUGUCUCAAUUGGUGGUUGCAAUAGUGAUGGGACUCAAAGUUAAGGAUAAUUCUAACAACUUUAAUCAGGGGUUGGCGGUUCUUGUAGUAGUCAAGGCUCGCUCAGCUGGCCAUAGUGUGGCUGUUUGUGUCAACAUGCUCUUCACCUUUGUUAUAGCACUGGCCUUCCUCUCAAUGCUUUGCCACAUGAAGUUUGGUAUUUUCUUGUUCUUCACAUCUUGGGUCUUCGUCAUGAGACUCUUUGUACUUUUCUUAAUUCUUGAGACCAAGGAUGUCCCUAUUGAAGAGAUGACAGAAAGAGUCUGGAAACAUUGGUUCUGGAAAAGAUUCAUGGAUGACGGUGAAGAUAAAGCCAAGGGGCAUGCUUGA